UCGGGCAGGAUCCAUCUCUGCGACGGGACACGCACGAAAAGAAGGUGCAGAGAAACCCAACAGGCGACAGAACCAAGACAAGGAAAAAAACUAAACAAACAUACACACACACACAUAUUCGACACAAGGUGGUGUUUCGCAGCGUGAAGGCGGUGCGUGUUGUACAAAGCCACCAACAACCGACCGUCCUUCAUUAUUUAAACUGCACAUCACGGCGGUGACACUCCGGAGGUCCCACUUGGCUGCUGAGAUGCACGCAGGGAUGAACAGUCAGAUAAUUUGAUCUUCGCUGUGGAAAUAUCCACUCGGUCUCGUUGAUGACAGGAGGAAAGAUGAAGUUUGCGGUUGCGGUGUUGUGGUUCUGCGUGGCUCUUGGGAAAGCUACGAUGCAAGUCCAGGAAGAUUUUGUGUCGCUGGCAGAGUUGGAGGAUUCUCUGCUGAGGAACCUUUUCAGAGGUUACCAGAAGUGGGUGCGGCCUGUUCAGCACGCCAAUGACACCAUUACUGUACGCUUUGGACUAAAGAUCUCACAGCUGGUUGAUGUGGAUGAAAAGAACCAGCUUAUGACUACAAAUGUUUGGCUCUGGCAGGAGUGGGUUGAUGUGAAGCUGAAGUGGAACCCUGAUGAUUAUGGGGGCAUUACCUCUAUCAGAGUGCCUUCGGAGACAAUAUGGCUGCCUGAUAUUGUUCUGUAUGAAAAUGCUGAUGGUCGCUUUGAAGGUUCACUGAUGACUAAAGCCAUUGUGCGCUGGGAUGGCACCAUAACAUGGACUCCACCCGCCAGCUAUAAGUCGUCCUGCACCAUGGAUGUCACCUUCUUCCCCUUUGACCGACAGAACUGCUCCAUGAAGUUCGGUUCCUGGACUUAUGAUGGAAAUAUGGUGGAUCUUGUCCUGGUGGACCACUACGUGGAUCGUAAAGACUUCUUUGAUAAUGGCGAAUGGGAGAUCCUCAAUGCAACAGGAGUAAAGGGAAGUAGGAGGGAUGGGGUUUACUGGUAUCCAUUUGUCACAUACUCCUUCAUCCUUAAAAGGUUGCCCUUGUUCUACACCCUCUUCCUCAUCAUCCCCUGCCUUGGCCUGUCCUUCCUUACUGUGCUGGUAUUCUAUUUGCCAUCAGACGAAGGAGAGAAACUUUCACUUUCAACAUCGGUGCUGGUAUCGCUCACUGUGUUCCUGUUGGUCAUAGAAGAAAUUAUCCCUUCAUCCUCCAAGGUGAUCCCACUAAUUGGAGAGUACCUGCUCUUCAUCAUGAUCUUUGUCACAUUCUCCAUUAUUGUCACCGUCUUUGUGAUUAACGUCCACCAUCGCUCCUCUGCCACCUAUCACCCCAUGGCCCCCUGGGUAAAGAGCCUCUUUCUUCAGAGACUGCCCAGACUCCUUUGCAUGAGGGGACACACGGACAGAUACCACUUCCCAGACAUUGAGAUGCGAAGCCCAGAGCUGAAGCCCCGUCGAGGUGCGGGGAGGAGGGGCGUUCCUGGGCACUGUGGCGGUCAGCAGAGAGGCCCCCAUGGAGGGAAGGAGGAUGAAAACCAAGCUUGGUUGGCAAUGCUGGAGAAAGCCACAAAUUCCGUUCGCUACAUCAGCCGUCAUAUCAAAAAGGAGCACUUUAUAAGAGAGGUUGUACAAGACUGGAAAUUUGUGGCUCAGGUGCUGGACAGAAUUUUCCUGUGGGCCUUCCUAACAGUGUCAAUCCUGGGAACUAUCCUUAUCUUCACCCCUGCUUUGCAGAUGUACCUCAGCACACCUUCAUGAAGGCGCACACUCUCCAACAGUUCGUUCUUGGUUUCCAGUUUGUCUUUAACUAUGAUUUAUUGAUAAAGCUCAAUGAAACAUUCAUAUUGUAUCUUUCUAUUGUAGAGAAAAGCUCGGGCAACAAACUUUUACCUCCCUACAACAUGGUUUGCAGCCUGUAAUAACUACUGGAAACUGUAAUGCUCUAGAUGCAACUUGUCCUUUGCUGUGAAAUGCAUGUAGAGGGGUGCAGAGGAGUACAAGCAAUAAGCAGGUUAAGGUAGCGUGUAUGAUUUGAACGUCUUUGUUUGUAUAAAUGUAAAAGUAAUUAUACACGCAACAAAAUGCACAAUGUCACUCCAUGAAUAUUGAGCUGUUUUAUGUGUCACAUGCACUUUGUUGAUUAUUGUAUGUUCUGUAAUGAUGAUCAGAAUAAAGAAAAAAUUGAAUACCA